AUUAUGAAAUUCACAAAUUCUCCUCCCGGAUGUUUUUCCUCGGGGCGAAAAACACGGACUUAUUCAUUGUUUUCAAAAUGAAGGAUGUCUGUUUAGAUCGACAUUUAUCAUAGUUUUGGCUUGCAUUCUUACAGGAAAAACGACCGUUAAAUUCAGAAAUAACUAUACAAGACAUUUGUAAACAAAACAUUAGUGGGCUGCUGCUGCUUACGGUUCAGCAAACAUGCCUCUCGGGUUAAAACCGUGCUGUUCUAUCUGCAAGACCAGCUCGUCCUCCAUGUGGAAGAAAGGAAUCCAGGGGGAGAUUUUGUGUAACACCUGCACGGGUAAAAACACCAGCAGCGGGAGCUCCGGAGGAUCUACUUCCUCCUUCGCCAUCCAGCCGAACAACGGCGGAGGGAGACAGUCCAGACAGGAAAUCCACAGACGCUCCGCUCGGUUACGGAGCACCAAGUACAAAGCUCCAGCGUCUGAGAAGAAAGUCUCAACCAAAGGAAAGGGACGACGACACGUUUUCAAAUUGAAAAACCCAAUCAAAGCUCCAGAAUCUGUGUCAACGAUCAUCACAUCAGAGUCCAUGUUUUACAAGGGUGUCUAUUAUCAGAUAGGAGAUGUUAUUAAAGUAGUGGACGAGGACGACGGUAAACCGUAUUAUGCACAGAUUCGUGGUUUCGUCCAGGAUCAGUACUGUGAGAAAAGUGCGGCGUUGACUUGGCUGAUCCCGACUCAGAGCAGUCCUCGAGAUCGAUUUGAUCCUGGCACAUACAUUGUUGGCCCUGAAGAGGACUUGCCAAGAAAAAUGGAGUACCUGGAGUUCGUCUGUCACGCCCCGUCUGAGUAUUUCAAGUCCAGAAGCUGUCCGUUCCCAACAUUACCGGUUUGUCCAGAGAAAGGCUACAUCUGGACUCAUAUAGGACCGACGCCUGCUGUGGCUGUCAAAGAAACCGUGGGGUGACGCAAACCCUUAAACCUAGACUGAACUGAAUUAGUUUGAUUUACGUGAACUUGUCAUUUCAAACACAAGAUCAUGUGUGGUAUCGCCUUUUGAAGAGUACAUUUCAUAGUAUUUUUCAUAGCAAAACAGCUGUACAGAUUGCAAACUGAAACUUCUCUCAGAUCUGUUUUCUGAGCUUUCAGUAACACACUCCUGUUCAGCUGAGCCUGAAACAGACUCCGACUCUUGCAUUAGAUUAGCAAAAAUGUGACCCUGGAGCACAAAACCAGUCAAAAGGGUAUUUUUUAGAAACUGGGAUCUAUAGGUCAUCUGAAAACUGAAUAAAUCAUCUCGCCAUUGAUGUGUGGUUUGUUAGGAUCAGACAAUAUUUGUCUGAGAUACAACUAUUUGAAAAUCUGGAAUCUGUGUGCAAAAAAAUCUAAA